UGCAGAAUGUGACAUUUAAAAGGUAGGAAGGAUUUAAAUGACCACAUUAUGAAAGAGCAACGCAAUGUACAGCACACGGGCAGCUCCAAAGGCCAGGAUUGAUUUUUAACUAUUUACAAUCUCUCUUGCGUCCACUCAAAAAAAGGGAAGAGAGGGGGAAAAAUUGGCAUUUGGCUUCAUUCAGUCCGUAGGAAACAUGUCCUUCUAACUGGAAAUGGUGUUAUGGUAUGGAUAUUUUUAGACUGACUGAUGACAAGUAUGUGUCACAGCCUAAGUGCAUAGGUAAAAAAAAAAAAAAAGAAUUGAGAGAUAUUCCGAGGAAGUUGUAGGAAAUCAGAUUCAAUGACUGGGAUAGGAGUUUGUUUUUAGUGAAUGUGCACCCAGGUGUAUCACUUUACUAUUAACAGUGCUUGCUACGUCAUCCCUCUUAAAAACUUCAACUGUUCACUUUAAUAGUAGAUAUGUGUAAGUGGCAUGUGCUGUGAACAGUGAAUUAAUAGAGAACUGGACAGGCCUUUUUACAGAACUAUGUAACAGAGGCCAGAGUGUUUACACAUCACAGUGGUUCAGAACAAACGGGGGAGUUAUUGACAACCUGUAUGCAAGUGACACAGAAACCGACCCCACAACAUGCUUCAGUGCAAUUCAUAUGCAAUCGCCUUUCAUUGAUGAAAUAAGCAGAUCAAUCAAAGAGGAAGGGGGCCUGCCUAAGAGAUAAGCCAUUCAGUAUGACAGAGCAGUGAGGGAGAUAGGGAAAAAGAGUGGUCACCUCAUACCAGAAUGACCAGCAGGGCUAAGAAGAAUUGGACACCACUGUCCUUGAUGGUUUAUUUGGACAGAAGGAUGUGGACAAAUUUUACUAGUCACUUUCACAGGUAAUAAAGAAGGCGUGAUCUUUUGGAUCUAUGGUGGUUCAAGGAAAAAAGAAGAUAAAAACUUUAAAUCAGGGAACUGUUAUAGACUUUUAUAAGGAUAUUUAUUCUACAAUGGAUUUGAGUAAUAAAGCUCAAACAAGUACGGCUCAGGGAUUACUGGCAGCUGCUGCCUCCGGAAUGGGGGCAUUGAACUUCAGUCAGGGGGAUACAUUUAGGGGGGAUAGCCCCCUAGGUGGAGGGCGAAGUGGAGCAACGGAUUCAUUUCCAUAUGGACUGAGUGGUGUUGCCAUGCCAAAUUACGGGUACCCUAGUGAUCUAUACCAAUUUACCUCAAAUGGUUAUCCUCGAAAGUCCCGCACUUGCAGUUACUGUGGGAAGGUCUUUACCAGGUCCACAACGAGACGUUAUCAUGAAAAGCGCUGUCCUCUCCUUCGAGCAGCAGUGUGCAGUAUGGUACCUCAAGAGGACACCAAGAAAAUGGUAGUCAGCACAGCAUCUGAUCAUAGCGCAUCAUGGCCUCUGUCAUCAUCCAUAUCUGAAUCUCGGAAAUCAGGGGAAUCGAAAGUUGUUCAGUCAGGGAAAAUCUCCAACUCGCUAAACAAAUCAUUACCUCCUCUCAUGACCCCUCCCUUUUUAAUGGAUCGGAAGUACCUCAAAGAGAUGGAAUCGGCGGGGUACCCAGGAGUCAUUGUAAAAAAAGAAGCUCAGGAACAGCGUACAUCUCAGGGCAGCAAACUGUACGAAGCAUCAUCUGAUCUCUCCUCCUCUCACUACAUGACUGAGUCUCGGAGGUCACCUCACCUCAAGCGAAGUGAAACUAGGGGUCAUUCAUUGUCCCCAUACAAUACCUCAGCUGGACUGGACCUGUCCAAAUCCCCCUCAGGAACCUCACAUGAUGAUGCCAGCUCAGUCACACAUGAAGACCAGUAUCAAAGGGAACUCAUUCAGGAAGAAUUGCAGAAAGAACAUGUCAAAGUUGAAAAUGGUCGGGAUGUAGACACAGAAAAAGAAGAUUUGGCAGGGAACGAGAGGGUGAAAAGAGGUGAGAGAAGUACACACUCUGGUCAGGAUGAUUCAGACUUAAUGGAUAUUAAUGAACCUACCUCAUUGCCAGUGUCUCAGAAUGCUUCUCUUUAUUCGACGACAAACGGUGAGAACAGGAUGGACUGUAAAGAUGGUGUGGAAGGAGGGGAAACCAAAUGUGAAAUAUGUGGUAAGAAUUUUCCUUCAUCCUGGCAGCUUCAUGUACACAAGCAGAUCCACACCAAAUUUAAGCCAUAUGCCUGUCGAUUUUGUGGGGACAGAUUCUCUAAGGCAGGACUAAGAAUUACCCAUGAGAGAGCUCACUUAGGAGAGGUUGCUUUCACUUGCGCAUUAUGUACAGUCUCUUUCAACAGCAAAAGCAGUCUCCAAAUACACAUCAAGAACCAGCAUGCAGAGAGUCCUUGGACAUGCAAGCACUGUGGAGAGGCAGUGGAAGCUCAGAAUGAUUUGAUCAGCCAUUUACAAAGUCACAGUUUAACCAAAGAAGAGCAGGAGUCUCUUCAGUAUAUGCCUGGUGCCCCUGGUAGUGGUGACUUUGAUGAUGAUUCAUUGGAAGAUGGAGAUGAAGAACAAGAGACAAUGGACUCUGAGGCCCUGUCAGAUUCCAUUGAAAAUGAGGCCUCACCAGACAGAGAGGUGGAAAACCUGGAGCAGGCACCAAACUCAUCAGGAUUGGCAGACACAGAUGAACCUAAGGAGAUGUGCAAUAUAUGUGGGCAUGAGUUUCCUGCAAGUCACAUGGCUUUUCAUAUGAAGGUCCAUGAAGGCCAAAAGCCCUAUAGCUGUCCCAUCUGUGGUAAAAGAUUUGGCUACAAAAACAACAUGAAAUCUCAUAUCAAGCUACAUGCAGGCAUCAAGCCUUACCAGUGCUCAAUUUGUGGAGCUAAAUUUACCCGGGGUUCAACUUUGCGCAGACAUGCUCGUCGUCAUGGUAUAUCAGCUGAAAGUGUCUGGGAUCUCUUUGUGAAAAACAGUGCAUCUUCUCAGGAAAACAUGCUACCACCUACAAACGGCAGCAAUGGCACUCCUCUUAAAAGCAACAGCAACAGUAUGCCUUUGCAUGCUUCACCAGAUGAUCGUAAGGAGGAAGUCACUCCUUAUGCUGAUUCAGCAUAUAACAGUUUCUUCAACGCACCUACCUCAGUUGCAAUGUCAAAUGCAUUAUUUAUGAGUUACCAGAAUCACCAGGCAGCUGUUGCUGCAGCAGCCUCGUCAUUUCCGUCUAUUUUCAAUACCUCAUUACCAACCUCUACCUCAGAGAUGCCUCUCCGUUCCUCUGCUGGAUUUUUGGAGACUAGUCACCACACACCUCAAGCUGAUGCCCUCAACCUCAGCAUUCAAAAAGCAGAAAAAAUUAGAAGCAAUGAAAGUCAGGAAAAUAUCCUCUCACCUCCUACCUCAGAUGAAAAGUCAUGGACAGUGACAGGGUCAAAUGUUCAACGGCCGUCUGUUACCCUGGCUCCAGGAAUCAAAGCCAACUCAGUGGACAUUGGUAUUCAGGUUAAUAAAUGCUGCAAAAGCAGCUUAGAGCUGCUCCAAGAGGACGUAAGGAGUCCAAGUGAAGCCAGCGUACAUUCAGAUCACAGCGGCUCCACCUACCAGCAGGUUUCCAGCUCAGGGUUAGACAACUCAACAGAGAGCAUAUCAACACUUCUAGCAACUGGUAGGCUCUACAAAUGUGACCACUGCGAGUGUUACUUUUCGGAGUAUGCAAUGUAUCGUAUUCACAGUAAGCUGCAUGCUCGAGGUGGAAAUCUGAAGCCCUUUGCCUGCCCUGUGUGUGAUGAAAACUGCCAAGACAAAACAUACUUCUCCAUGCAUAUUGCAGAUCAUUUGAGAUAAAAGCUCAGAUCUUUUCAAUUGUUAAACGAAGUACAGUAUAUACCUCGAUGUUCUUUAUCUUUCAGUGCAUUUGUGUAUUUUUGUUAGAUUUAUCAUAUUUGUAUGAAUGCAUCAUUAAGAAGGGUAAUAUGUAAAUGCCCCAGAUAUUUACAUUUUUGGUCAAUGAUAUAUUAAACAUAGUACCUCAUUCAUUUUUUUCUUAUAUGUUGUUGGAAAUGAUCUGUCAAGGGGAAUAACUCCAGUUUGCGUCUUCAUUGUUUGAUAUACCUCAUCUUUUGUGUGAAUUUGUGAUGUUUGUUGAUUAAGAAAGCAGCAAAAUUAAUUGUUUAUUUAUGGUUUUUGUUAAUAUAUAUAUUUGACUAUUUUUUGGUCAGUUUUAUAACUUUCAUACUUAAUAAUUAUCAAAUACCUCAUUACUCAGCCAAAUAACAUGCCUCUGAAUUAAACAAAGCAGAAAAUAUUUUCAGAAGAUAUAUUAUAUUCUACUGCAAGUCUUCAAAGUCAGCUAAACAUUAUAGACUAUUUUUGUGCAAUGUGAAUGAUAUAUAUUAAUCAAUUGUUGUAUGAUUUAUAUAAUAGGGGUGGAUUUUUUUUCACGUUUUGCUCACAAUGUAACAGUAUUGUCAAUCAUGUUCAGUUACAAUUCAAAAAAUACUUAGUUCCCCUCUCAAGAUCACAGGUGUGUGAUAUAGUUUACACUAGCAAAGCAAUAAUUUUACCCUGUAAGUUUGUUUAUUCCAAAUUUGAUUUCAGUAAACAUGAGCUGUUGUAUUUUCUGUGUUCCAGUGUAAUAUGUCAAUUUCCACCCUAGAUACAUUCUUACUAAUCAUCAUUGUUUGAUCUGAAGUGUGACUGACCAUUGUUUUAUGUCAUUUAUAAUGUUUUUAAAUUAUUUACUGCAGCAUUAAGCAUAUUCUGAAUUUUCAAGCACAAAUUUUGAGAGAGAAAAAAAAAUGUGCUACGGGUGUUAACGAUAUUCUUCCUCAAAUAGAAACUAUUUUGUAUGUAUGUAUGAUAAAUAUUUUCUAGUAUCGAACUGUUUUUGUUUGUUGUUAGAGAGAGAAAGAAAGGCUCUCAUUGUCUGGGUAAUAUGAAUUCUUUUUUUAUAUUGCAAAAGGAAUUGCCUCCAUCUCAUAAUUUUUUCGAAUAUUUUUUCGUUACCUAUUAAGAGAUGACUGAGAUAUCAGUGGGAACAAUUUCACGGCAGUCAUUUGAAAACUCGACAAGUGUUUGUAUGGGAAAAUGAUUUGUUCUAAAAAGUAAAUUUCCUCCUCAUUAAGAAAAUCUUUACUCUGAAAAAGAUUGUAAAACUGGGUACUAGGUAUGUACUGUGUGAGAGAGAAGUAAUCAAUGAAAGAAAAAUAGAUUUGUUUCCUGCUUGUGAUUUGAUUUCUGGGGGCAUAAAGAACUCAGAUAUGCAUUUAUAUUAUCACUGAUAAGUACGGGUAUAAUUCAUCUUGGUCAUUCAAAUUGUUGUAUUGUUGUACAUGUAUUCGUUAAAUGAAAGUGCUGAGUUUUCAUGUACUAGUACAUAAAUAUAUAAAUAUAUAUAUUUGUAUCGUGUAAAAAUUAUAGGAAAACUUGUAUAUAUAUGUAUACAUAUUUGAACAUGCAUUUGUACAUUUGAUUAUUAUUUUCUACAUUUUUCUAAUGACUCUGUUGAUUUUUGUUAAUUUUAAGCCCUCAUCACCACACAUCCUAUUGCAUGAUACUAAUCUGAAAUAGGAGCAAUUUUGGCUUUGUUUUCUUUUUCUUUUUUUUCCAAAGUAAAAAAAAAAAUGAAUAUUUUUCUUUUUUCUAAAAGUAAAAGAAAAUUUGAAUAUUAGCAGACCAUGCCAUGCAUUCUAAAACUAGAAAAUCUCCAGCAGACCAUGCCAUGCAUUCUAAAACUAGAAAAUCUCCAGAUUUGAGUUGUAAUUAAGUUCCAGGUCAUCUCAUUUUGUCUACCUCUCAUAUCCUUUAAUUCUAUGAGGAUUGGGAA